AUGAUCAGAUAUCUGGUCCCAUGCAUACACAAGAGGACCACCACAUCUGUUCCACUCAGGUGCUUCAGUUGGGAUGGUCAUGGAACAGAUCUACUGGCUGAGUCGCUUAACAGCGGUUCCUUCAUACCAAAGAUCAUCUUGCAAGGUCACUCCACCACGGGCUUCGACAUUAAUAAAAUCCUGAAGAAAGUUGAUCCAAGCGAUAAAACAUUGGACAAGUCCAUGGGAAUCGUCCAUCUAAACGGUAGUAUAUUAUGUUUUCCUCACGCGAGUUUCAUGUGGAACGUCAACACUAUCAGCAACUUGACUGCUGAGUCCCUAGCGGCGAUUGAUCUGUAUCUACCUAAACUUGAGUACUUAUUGCUUGGAAGUAGCCGAACGAUUUCUCCUUCGGUUGUGAAGGAAAUUCGAGAUUCACUCCGCCAGACAAACAGUGAGCUCGUUGUAGAACCAAUGGAUUUGGCUAACGCAAUGGGGACAUUCAACAUACUCAACGCAGAGGAUAGAAGAGUCUGCGCAGCUCUAAUUCUCCACCAAGAUGAUAGCGACGAAUCAAACUAA